UCCCUCCAUGCCAACUCCAUUAAAUCAUGCUAAAAUUCCAAGAAAAAAAGAAAAAAAGCAAAAAUGGCAGGUCUCAGUUGCUACACCUUGGGAUCAUAUAGGUUAUCUUUCUACUCUUUCUGUUAUCUUGGGUGGCAUUCAAAUACAACCAUGGGCGGGUUGCGUCAUGUGGAAGUUAUUUUGAAGCAAAAAAUAGUUAUUAGAGCAGAAGUGGAUUAUGUUGAUGGUAAAGAGGCUAAAGUAGUGGUUUCAAAAGAGGGUUACCUAAGAGAUACAUCCCAAUAUGAGUGAGCCCAUAUCAAAUCAUGUCAUCAUGUGCCCCUGUCUAUUGAAAAGAAGGACAAUGACCUUGGUACAAUUCUCAAACGAACUGUGAACAACAAUUUUUCUGGAUUGUCCUUUGGGCUGCCAUUUACAAAGCCCAAUUCUGAGUUUGUUAAGUCUGUAAAUGAGAAGUUCUCAACUGACAAUAAAUUAUUACUAGUCUACCAGGAAGGAAUGAGAUCUGCAGCUGCUGCUAGAAAACUUGAGGAAGAAGGUUUUCAAAAUAUAUCAUGCAUUACCUCUGGCCUUCAAUCAGAACAUUUGAUUCUGUGGGAAAAGUUGAGCUAUGAGAUGCAGGCAAGGCUGGCCUCGUAUCAUUCAAGGCAAAAUUUCAGCUGCAUUAGGCACCAUCCUCAUCUGUGCAUAUCUCUCCAUUACUUUUUUUCCCGAACAGGCGGAUAAACUUUUUCAGUUGGGCCCUACUAGCUAGGACUCCACAUAACAGAAAGAAUAUUAGAGAGGAUUUGUUCUCAUUCUUUGUGGCUUCAUGAAAUGAUGAUGAGCUACUAGUGCAUGCGAACUAACAACAUGUUGAAAGCACAGUGGAUAAAGAAAUGUUCCAAUGUACCCUGCUCUAUAUGGCUGCCGAGGUCCGUGUGUGUGUGUGAGAGAGAGAGAGAGAGUUUGAUCCAUCAAGUACAUGCUCCAUUGGAUAAAUAUCCUAUAUUUAGGAUAUUUAAAAAAAAUUACCAUUCAAAAGAGAGAGAGAGAGAGAUUUUGUUGGUAAUUGUAAAUUGAAGUUUCCUCUGGAGUACAUAUAUUUUUUUGCCUAGUUUGGCUCCAAAAUCCAAACUCAAACAAACACUGGCAGCAACUCACAUGAGAUUUUGGUGUAAAGCAAAUUGUUUCCACACAUGCUAUU